CUCGUCGUCAUGCUGCUGUGUUCACUGCCGUGUUUACUGACAGGCGCAGCGGCUGCUCUCUUAUCUCCUCACCCCCUUAAAAAAAAAAAAACAACAACAACUUUCAAACAACUUUCCCCCUUUGAACAUUUGAACAACACGGGAGCGAAGAAGAAAUGAAGUCGCGUUCCGGGAUCUAACGUCGGUUAAAGUUUGAAUUUGUGUCCACUUCAAGGUUAGCUCACCGCUCCGCCGACAUGAGAAGCAGAAGCAACUCGGGCGUCAAACUGGACAACUACGCCCGGAUAGUUCACCAAACUAUCCUGCGGCACCAAGAUCCAGUGACAGGGCUGCUGCCGGCCAGCGGCGAGCAGCCGGACGCCUGGGUGAGAGACAACGUGUACAGCAUCGUGUCGGUGUGGGCGCUGAGCCUGGCCUACAGGAAGAACGCAGACCGCGAUGAGGACAAGGCCAAGGCCUACGAGCUGGAGCAGAGUGUGGUUAAGUUAAUGAGAGGUAUCCUGCAGUGCAUAAUGAGGCAGGUGGACAAAGUAGAGAAGUUUAAGUACAGCAAGAGCACCUCGGACUCGCUCCACGCCAAGUACAACACCAGGACCUGUGCCACGGUGGUGGGAGACGACCAGUGGGGCCACCUGCAGGUCGACGCCACCUCGCUCUUCCUGCUCUACCUGGCCCAGAUGACUGCAUCCGGUCUCCAUAUUGUCUACACCUUAGAUGAAGUGGACGUCGUUCAGAAUCUCAUGUUCUACAUUGAAGCAGCAUACAAAGUGGCUGAUUAUGGGAUGUGGGAGAGAGGAGACAAGACCAACCAGGGCAUCACCGAGCUGAACGCCAGCUCUAUAGGCAUGGCCAAGGCGGCUCUGGAGGCUCUGGACGACCUCAACCUGUUUGGGGCCAAAGGAGGACCCAGCUCUGUGGUGCACGCCCUGGCUGACGAUAUACAGCACUGCCAGUCCAUCUUGACGUCCAUGUUGCCCAGGGCGUCCAUGUCUAAAGAGGUGGACGCAGGAGUGCUGGCCAUCAUCUCCUACCCCGCCUUCGCUGUGGACGACAUGAACUUAGUCAACAUCACCAAGGAGGAUAUCAUUUCUAAACUCCAGGGUCGAUACGGCUGCUGCAGGUUUCUCAGAGACGGACACAAAACCCCUAAAGAGGACCCAAACCGUCUGUACUACGAGUCUGCUGAGCUGAAGCUGUUUGAGAACAUCGAGUGUGAGUGGCCUCUGUUCUGGACCUACCUCAUACUGGACGGCAUCUUCAUCAACAGUCCUGAGCAGGUGCAGGAGUACCAGGAGGCUCUGGAAGGCAUCUUGAUCAAACAGAAAGAUGGGGUACGACUGGUGCCAGAGCUCUACAGCGUCCCACCAGAGAAGGUGGAUGAGGAGUAUAUGAACCCCCACUCUGUGGAGAGGAUCCCUCUGGGGAAAUGCCCUCUGAAAUGGGGACAGUCUCUGUACAUACUCGGAAACCUCCUGGCAGAGGGUUUCCUGGCCCCUGGAGAGAUCGACCCUCUGAACCGACGCUUCUCCACCAUCCCCAAACCUGAUGUCGUCGUACAAGUGUCCGUCCUGGCAGAAAACGAGGAGAUCAAGGAGCUGUUACUGAAGAACGGCAUCGAGGUGGAGACUGUGGCCGACAUCCAUCCCAUCCACGUCCAGCCCUCACGGGUCCUCAGCCACAUCUACGCACGGCUCGGUCGUAACCAGCGCCUGGGUCUCACUGGUCGGCCCUACAGGAGGGUGGGAGUGCUGGGAACCUCCAAGUUCUACAUCAUCAGAAACACCAUCUUCUCUUUCACACCUCAGUUCAUCGACCACCAGCAGUUCUACUUGGCUCUAGACAACAAAAUGAUCGUGGAGAUGCUCAGGACAGACCUGUCCUACCUCUCAUCCAGAUGGAGGAUGACCGGACGGCCCACUGUCACCUUCCCCAUUUCACAGACUAUGCUGACUGAGGACCACUCUGACCUGGACCCUGCUGUCCUGGCCACUCUGAAGAAGCUGCAGGACGGAUACUUUGGAGGAGCAAGGAUCCAGACAGGGAAGCUGUCGGAGUUCCUGACCACUUCCUGUUUCGCUCACCUCAGCUUCCUGGAUGGUAAGGGUUCAGGCAGCAUGGGCCGGCACGACGACGAGUAUGAUGAUGAUGAUGAUGAUGAUGAUGAUGAGAGUGACGACGGCAGAUGUUAUGCCAAGAGGAGCGUGUAUGAGUUACGACACGAUGACGAGGCUGAUGACCUCGCCCAGUACCUGGACCACCUCUUGGCCCACUCUGCCCCCAAGAGAAUCCAGCCCCAGACGAGGGGGCUGGGCAAGUUCAGGGCCGUCGCCGCCAAAACCAGGGAGAUGGUCUCUUUCAAGAACAAGGCUCAGGACCUCAAUGUGCACAAUGUCAACAUGUACCUGCCGAACAAACUGUUUCGCUCUCCUCAGCCUUCCCUCAACCUGAACUUCUCAGAUAGUUCUGCGGCACAAGAGAGCCAGGCUGCCCAGGUGUUGGUAACAACAGAGUGCACCAUUCCAAGAGAUGCCAGUGGAGCUAUAGACUACAAUGCUUUGGUUCAGCUGCUAAAAGACACACAGAAUCUCCAAGACCAGGCUGAUAUUCUCUACAUCCUCUUCAAGGACAAGGGUAUGGACUGGGACACUCGUUUGCACGGUAAAGGCUCCACGGUGCGUUCGCUGUUGACCGAGCUUUACGAGAAGGCAGGGGAACUCAAACACUGGGGACUCAUCAGGAUGAUCUCUGGCAUGCUGAGGAAGAAAAUGGAGGAGCUGGAUUGGGCCUGCUCUGAUUUGCUGUCGCACCAGAAGCACCUGACAGUGGGUCUCCCUCCUGAACCCCGAGAGAAAACCAUCACCGCUCCCGUACCUCCAGACCAGCUGGUAGCACUGAUAGACGAAGCCAGCGAAGGCAACUUAACGGUGGCCAUUCUCACUCAGGAGAUCAUGGUGUUCCUGGCCAUGAGCAUGAGGACUCAGCCCAGCCUGUUCAGCGAGAUGUUCAGGCUCCGCGUCGGCCUCAUCAUCCAGGUCAUGGCCACCGAGCUCGCCCAGUCACUCAACUGCUCAGGAGAGGAGGCCACAGAGAGUCUGAUGAGUAUGAGUCCGUCUGAACUGAAGAACCUCCUCCAUCACAUCCUCAGCGGGAAAGAGUUCGGAGUGCAGCGCAGCGCGCGAGAAGGCGACACCGGCGUCAGUCCUGCCAUCUCCAUCCAUCACCUCGGCAACGUGGGAGCAACCAAGAGCGAGAGAGCCGGCAUCAGCAAGCUGAAGAGCGACAUGAAGAUGAUGGAGCACAGGUCGUCACUGACGGAUCCUAUUAAGAUGGAGCACAGGCUGUCUCUGACAGACCCGACCAAGCUCGACCAUUCUCUGACUGCCCAUCGUAAGAGCUUAACCACUCACUCACUGGAUAUAGAAACCAUCGAAUCCGGGAGGUACAGGCUUCCGUCCAUUGAAUCUCUGGAUAUUCCGGAGAGCCCGGUUGCCAAGGAUACCAGACACGGCCAAUGGCUGCGCAGGAGGCGACUUGACGGAGCGCUGAACCGAGUCCCUGUCGGAUUCUACCAGAAGGUCUGGAGAAUACUGCAGAAGUGUCACGGUCUGUCCAUCGAGGGGUUUGUCCUGCCGUCUUCAACCACCAGAGAGAUGACCCCGGGAGAGAUUAAAUUCUCCGUCCACGUGGAGACGGUGCUGAACCGCGUCCCGCAGCCCGAGUACAGGCAGCUGCUGGUGGAGGCCAUCCUGGUGCUCACCAUGCUGGCCGACGUCGACAUCCAGAGCAUCGGCUCCAUCAUCCACGUGGAGAAGAUCGUCCAGCUCGCCAACGACAUGUUCUACAAGGAUCAGAGGGACCUGGGAGCGGAGGAGCACAUCCUGGAGCGGGACCCGUCCACCGGGGUGUGCCGGCUGCUGUACGACAGCGCCCCCAGUGGCCGCUUCGGGAGCAUGACCUACCUCACCAAAGCUGUGGCCGUGUACGUGCAGGACUUCCUGCCCAGCGGCUCCUGCGCCCUGCAGUGAGACCAGAGGGAGCUCUUCCCCUUCGCCCACCGGAAGAUAGAAAUCCUUGCAGCUUCAGUGUUUGGACAGUUCCCUCCUCACAGGUCAGACUGUUUUCACAGGAAACGUUAGGAAACACGCCUGCACCGAGCUGCAACAUGCAACUUUUCAAAUAACAAUAACACAAUAUGUUACACCCAGUAAGAGUGUGUCAUAAGCUCAUCAAGGUGAGUGACAGGUGUAGACUAGCUGAGGGGGGCGGGGCUAACACCGUUCAAGAUGAAAAGUUGCAUAUUGUAGCUUAAAAUAAUGACAGAGCCUUGAUCGUCCAUCAUUUCCUCAUAACGUAAACAACUUUUACCCUGUUUCUGUCCUUUUUUCCCUGUGACACGCUCUCGAUUUAUAAUUCUGAAGAAUGAACUUGAAUCAGUUGACAAACACAAUAUAAAUCUUCACAGCAGCCUUAUGUUUGUCUGUAACUUGAAAAAAAAAAAAAAGACAUAUGCAGACGUUUGUUCUCAAAGACAGAACAGUCGUUAACUUUGCAGCUUGACCGGAAACUAACGAAUAAGAAAUUAAAAAAAAAAAAAAAAAAAAAAUAGUGUCACUAAUUUAUGCUAAUUUAUUACCACAGAUAUGCUACUCAUUCAUCAGUGCUGCAUAAGAUCGUGGCUUACCUGCAAUCCUAAAUGCUGUAUGAUGCAUAAAAUAGUUGAUUCUAUUAAUCAUUAUAAUUUAACAAUAAUUACGGAGUUGUUUUGCUAAAAUGUGAGGUAUUAAAUGUUUCUAGUUUUUUUUUUUUUUUUGUGAGAUUUGUUUUUUUAACCACGAAUGCCUUAACAUGCCCUAACGUCCUUAUUUGUGUGUGUGUGUGUGUGUGUGUGUGUGUGUGUGUGUGUGUGUGUGUGUGUGUGUGUGUGUGACUUCAGAAAAGCAGUUUAACUAUGCAUAAAGAGCACAAACCUGACUAGUAAUUAAAGCUAUUUUUUUUUACUUUUAUCACAUUAAUUUGUUUGAUAUUUAGGAUUUUGGAGUAUAUGAUGGCAGAUAGUUUGCACGGUUAUCGCCACUGAAUGCGGCACAAGGUUUAAAUCGCACAAGUUUCUCAUUUAUAAUUCAGUUUAAUACGUGCAAUUUGGAUUUUCAUCCUCCUAAGAAGGGAAAUGCCUUAAUUUACAUGACGGUUGUUUACUUUAUUAUGAUUAUUAGAGAAAGACACUUGAUCUUAGAAUCACGGCCCAAACUACUGCCUUCAUGUCUGCACUCACUCACAUUAUUUUGUUUUACUUUUUGUUUUUUGUGGACACAUUUUACCUGUAACUGUUUGCCGUACUGUAUGUGUUUUAAUGAAAUGCUAACACGCCGUCUACAUUGUGGAGAGAAACAGAACAUAUGGGGAACAAAUUUAGUAUAAUUCAUCAGUGUGUAAAAUGUUUUUUGUGGUUUAAUGUCACAGAAGCGGCAUUUAGGGUGACAAUUCGUGAUGUCUGAAAUGUUAGCUCCACACUCCUGCCAGCGAGUUUGAAAAAACAGAAAAGCAAAUCCUGUGUUAUUUACUUACAUUAUCCAUUGAGCGAAGUGUUUUUUUUGCUGUUGAAACUAAUUCUGUAAUAAAUAAUAAAAAAAGAAUGACAUAUUGUU